GCCUGAACGGUUAACCGGCCUACUUCUCUCUCCUCCUGCGCUUCGCCGCUUUGGUCCCGCCGCUGCCAACCCUCGUCGUCGUCGUCGUCGUCGUCGUCGUCGCCGCCGUCGUCAUCGCCGUCGUAGUCGUCGUCGUCGUCGCGACGUCGUUGCACCACCGUCAUCGUCACCGCUGUGGGGCCUGCUCGAUUGGUGUUUCCCGACCCGCUCGUCGAUGUAAAAUCGCGAGAGGAACGCGAGACGAGAAAACGCCAGAGAGAGAGAGAGAGAGGGAGAGGACUCUCUCUCGCGCUCUCUUCCUUUCCGUCUCUUUUUUCUCUCUCUCUCUCUCUUUCUUUCUUUCUUUUUCCCCCCUCACCGUCCGCGAGCGGCUCGCAGCCUCCGCAGCAGUUCGCCGCUGCGGACAGCCGGCCUAAAAGAAGAAGAAGAAGAGGAUAGUUCGCGCUCGGGGGUGCUUUUUCCUCGCGCGCCAGUGGUGUUCGGGACUGUGACUCGAUCUCGCUCGUGAGUAAACGGGAGAGUUACGACACUCGCGGAGGAGAUCGCUCUCGCUCUCGCUUCCCUUCUCUCUCUUUCUCUCCACCUUCUCUCCCCCCUCUCUUUCUCUCUCUCUCUCUCUCUCUCUCCCCCUCGUCAACGCUGACGACGACGUUUCGCCAACGGACGACGACGAACGGACGCUACCCCGCUCCACCGCGGGAAGCCAGACGAACGAUGCUCCACGAACGAAGAAUGUAGACGGGACAAGGGGGAGGGCAAGCGGAUCUGCCUGUCGCGGAUUCGGAGAGGAGGACAUCGCCGCCGUCUGAAGUCUAAUCGCCUCGAGCCGCGUCGAGCACCUUCCUCGCGUCUUCCUCGCUGUAAGUAUUGGAAAAGAGAGGGAGGAAAAAGAUAAGGGCGGCACAAGCGCGGGGGAGCGAUCCGCGUGGCGAAGAGCGCGUAGGAGAGCCGGGCCGGAGGGUGCAAGUCGGAAGCCAGCGAAUUCGAUUUUCAGAGAUUUAUACCGACGAGACGUCGUGAUUUCGAGAAAAUGAGCCCUCCUCUAUCUUCGUGUAUCUGUUACACAGAAAAUAAUAGAGAAUAAUAGGGGAAAGAUAAUUCUUCGAUAGGCAAUUGAAAUAUAAUAUAUACUGCUUGCGUUUUCCACUUUUAGGACAUUAUUUGUCAUCGAUCGGUUUUUGGGUUCGCAGUUGAGUUUCUCGAAACGUCGAGGGGCCGAAUGAUUUUUAACUUAAAACCGAUUGAAGAAAAGUUGGUCUCGCAAAUUAAACUUUCGAUAAACAACCAAGGUUACAAGACUACUUUCUUCGGGCAAUUUCGGAUGAAGUUUCACAGAAUUUACCUAGAAACAUACGCGACGAAGCACUCUCGCUCUCGCGGAAGAAGACUCGAUUUCAAAUUGAUAGAAGAUUCGUCGCAAAAAAAAAGAACACGCGAGACAACUCGUAUAUGAAUACGGAGGCACGCGUUGUGAAACUUUUCGGAAUGCGGAUUCUGUGUCCGUUUUCCGCUACAAAACACAAUAGAAAUUCAGUAGAUACCCAAACGACUCCGAUCGCAAUCCGUUCCGAAAAGUUCCGUAACACGUGCGCGGAACGAAGAGGAGAUGAAACAAAUCUGACUGCGCGCCGCGAGCUGUGAAACACGUACAGCAGCAGCACGAGUCUGUCGGGCGAUGGGGUAAUUAACCACCGGGCAGAUAACCGCAGAGAGAUCUGUUCUCUCGGGCGCGGAGAGAAUUUUGCAUUAUCGUCGGGGCGCGGGUCGCGAAGAGCCGACACAUUCGGCUCGACGAGCGCCCGAUCCCCGCCCGAUCGAUCUACGCGUUUCCAACCGGCUGGCCUGUGUGGAUCACGUACCCUACCUAUACAUCGUACACGCGAUAACGUAUAACGCUGCCGCAGUGCCAGGGGAAGUAGCUAGUCGCUUCGUGGCUCUAAUGCGGCGUCGGGCCUCGCGCUGUCACUCCCGUAAACGCUCGCCCAGCAGCCCGUCGUCGUCGUCGUCGUCGUCGUCAUCGCUGUCAGUGCUUUCGCUCGGCGGGGCGCGUCUGGUCUCCGGCGUCGGGACCACGUCGUCAUUAUUGCGACGCGAUACCGCGAUAAUAGGCCCCUUCGCGAAUCCUUCGCGGGCGCGCGGUUCUAAUUGAAUAAGUAUUAUAAGUAUCGAUAAACGGGAGGACGCCGACGGUGAGGGAGAGGGAGAGAGUGUCGCGCGGCGAAUAUCCCCGUUGAAAAAUCCCGGUGAGUCUGAGAAGAAAGAGAGAGAGAGAGAGAGAGAGAGAGAGAGAGAUCCUAAUCCGCGAUUUUGUCAGCUCCGCUCCGCUCCCCUCGCGCCCUCCUCUCAUUUCAAUUUUCGUCGCCUCUCGCCUUCCCCGGGGGAGCCGCCCGGCUUCCGAAAUCGAAAUCAACCGGAACGUUUAAUACGCGCGUGUGCGAGUCGUGCCGUUUGAAUUAAGCGUUCGAUUGAUCGCAAUUAAUGUCGUUCGAUUGUGUUCGAGCUUGGCGUUUAAAUUGGAGCCGAUUACCGGCGCACUUGGGACCCGCUGAGAACCUUGGCGGCCUUGUUUCCGCCGCUGAUUCGCUCUCCAUUCCGACAUAGAGAAACUCGCGUAUCGCACGCGUGUGCCGCUCUCGCCACCGUGCAAUAAAUCCUAAUUUCGCGACGACGUUAAUCUCGUCCUCGUGCGUAAACUUCCGCGUGCGACGACGUUCCCGUGGAACGCGCCGCGCCGCUCCCGUGUGACCGAGCGUGCGUACGGCCGCGCACGGAACACGUAGAAGGAAGUUGCUAAUCAACGUAGACCUUCGUGUGGUAACUAGAGAAUACUAUCAUCCUACUAAUCCCUCCUCCUGCGCCCUAACGCGUGUGAGACGAGGAAAGGGAGAUAAAGAGAGAGAGAGAGAGAGAGAGAGACAGACGCCCGAGCAGGCACGAUGUCGAAAAAUCCAAGUUCCUGGCGGACCGGCCCCGGCAGACUGGAGGCCCUGUUGGUGCUGAGCCUGUUCCUGCUUCUCGUCCUGCAGCCGGAUCCCUGCCGCGGCUCGCCGUCCCACCGGAGCAGGCAUCACGAGCACGAGCUGCACGCCGCGCAGGAGCCGUCGUCGCACGAGGACGCCAGGAGUUCCAGGUCGAGCGAGGAGCUCCCGCGACCGGCCGCCCUCGUCGGCCACCCGGACGACCCGCUGGUGGUGCGCACCAGAAAGGGCAUGGUCCGCGGCAAGACCCUGGUCGCGACAACCGGCAAGAGCGUCGACGCCUGGUUCGGCAUACCCUACGCCCAGAAACCCAUCGGCCCGCUGAGGUUUCGCCACCCGCGGCCGGUAGAAAAGUGGUCGGGCGUGCUGAACGCGACCACCCUGCCGAACAGCUGCGUGCAGAUCUUGGACACGGUGUUCGGCGACUUCCCCGGCGCCACCAUGUGGAACCCGAACACACCGCUGAACGAGGACUGCCUGUACGUGAACGUGGUGGUGCCGCGGCCCAGGCCUAGGAACGCCGCUGUCAUGGUAUGGAUAUUCGGUGGCGGUUUCUACUCCGGCUCGGCCACCCUCGACGUGUACGACCAUAAGACCCUGGUGUCGGAGGAGAACGUGAUCCUGGUGUCGAUGCAGUACCGCGUGGCCAGCCUCGGCUUCCUGUACUUCGGCACGUCCGACGUGCCCGGUAACGCCGGUCUCUUCGACCAGAUGAUGGCCCUGCAGUGGGUGCGCGACAACAUCGCCGCGUUCGGCGGCAAUCCCGACAACGUGACGCUCUUCGGCGAGAGCGCGGGCGCCGUCUCCGUCUCCAUGCACCUCCUGUCUCCGCUGUCCAGGCACCUGUUCAACCAAGCCAUCAUGCAGUCGGGCUCGCCGACCGCGCCGUGGGCGAUAAUCUCGCGCGAAGAAUCGAUCGUGCGCGGCAUCCGGCUGGCCGAGGCGGUCGGCUGCCCGCACGAUCGCCACAAUCUUCGCGAGGUGAUCGACUGCCUGUUGACGAAGGACGCGGAGGAGCUGGUGAAGAACGAGUGGGGCACCCUCGGGAUCUGCGAGUUCCCGUUCGUGCCGGUGAUCGACGGCGCGUUCCUCGACGAGACGCCCCAGCGCUCGCUCGCCACGACGUCCUUCAAGAAGACCAACAUCCUAAUGGGCUCCAACACCGAGGAGGGCUUCUACUUCAUCAUCUACUACCUGACGGAGCUGUUCCGCAUCGACGGCGCCGAGGACGUGAAGGUGACGCGCGACCAGUUCAUCAGCGCCGUCUCCGAGCUGAAUCCCUACGUCAAUCAAAUUGGCCGUCACGCGAUCAUCUACGAGUACAGCGACUGGCUGCACCCGGACGAUCCGCACGCGAAUCGCAACGCCCUCGACAAGAUGGUCGGCGACUACCAGUUCACCUGCAACGUCAACGAAUUCGCCGGCCGUUACGCCGACACCGGCCACACUGUCUACAUGUACUACUACAAGCAUAGAUCCAAGAACAAUCCGUGGCCACGGUGGACCGGAGUCAUGCACGCCGACGAGAUAAGCUACGUCUUCGGGGAACCGCUGGAUCCAUCCAAGGGCUACACGCACGAAGAGGUGCAGCUCUCGAAGAGGAUGAUGAGAUAUUGGGCGAACUUUGCGAAAACGGGGGAUCCGAACAUCGACGAGAGCGGCGAGCUGACGCUGGCUUACUGGCCGUCGCACACCGCUGUCAAUAAAGAGUACCUGACCCUGGACGUCAACAGUACGGAGAUCGGCAACGGUCCCAGGGUGAGGCAGUGCACCUUCUGGAAGAAGUAUCUGCCGCAGCUGCUCGGCGCCACGUCGAAACUGGAGGUCGGCUCUAAGGAGACGUGCGGCAGCACGAGCCUCGCGGACUCCGGUGCGACCCGGCUACUCCUGAUCUUGAGCCUGUUAUUGACCGGCCUCACUACUCUGCCUCACAUCCAGCACGACGUCAGAGGUAUCGUUUAGCUCCCGGCCGCCGCCGCCGCUGGAUCGGUGGUCGGCCGUCGAGCCGCCGUCCUAGCCCCGUCGAGCAGCAGAAGCGUCAGCAUCGGCAUCAGCAGCAGCAGCAGCAGCAGCAGCAGCAGCAGCAGCAUCGGCAUCGGCAUCGGCAUCGGCAUCAGCAGCGGCGGUCCGUUUCUUCCCUGAAGAAGAGGAUGGACGAGCACGAACGGACGAACGAACGAACGAACGAAGGAACGACCGGGAAGACGACGGCACCGCGCGAGAAACAGACAUAUCAAUAGUAGAAGAGUGCUCGAUCGCCGGGGGAUCGACGAUGAAUAAAAGAAAAAAAAACCACACACACAAACACACACACAAACACACACGCCCGCCUAUGAGAGAGAUCUCGCUCGGUCGGAGACCACGGGGGAUGGAGGGGCCCCGGGGGGGUCCAGGGUGGAAUCGGACUCGAGCGAUUCUGCGCGCGUAAGGGAGAGCUGAGCGACGAUCCGGCGAGAGGUAAGAAGAGAGGAACGAGCGGCGACGAGGCCGCGGACGAUCGAAACGGGGGGACGAGGCGACGGCACGAAACUAUCGGCGAAGCUGCGCCGACGGUUUUAAUUGCGCUAAUUACAGUUCCUACGAAGUCACUCACGGGGUCCGAUACCCUUUCCCCGUUAGCGCGGGGCGCGACAGAGCGGCGAGAAUUCGAACGGGUCCGCGUUCGAGAGCUCUCGAGGAAGACACGAGGUAUCUUCGUUCGAGAAAAAAGGGGAAAAAGCAAACGCGAGAGCGAGAGAUUCGGAGAUACGAGCGCGGGAACCUCGGUCCCGGUGAGAAACGAUUCGAUCGGCGUCGAAACCACGUCGAAUCGACAUCGAUACCGUCAAAUUGACGUCGAUCCGUCGUCGCUUCGACACCGGUCGACGAAGUCAUUUCUCGCCGGGGUGGGCUCGACGAUUCGGGAAACGCCGCGACCCGACGAACCCCGGGGAACCUUGAAAAGCGGGAGGAUCCAAGGACGCGCCGGUCCGAGGGU